AUGCCUCCAGCAAAGCUGCUGCGUUCCGGGCACUUUGGCCUGCGUCGAUCAUACGCGACCGCUAUCCGCCCUCCUCUCAGCGCACUGAGCGCCACCGCCCGCGCGAAGGCGGAGCAGAUAUCAUCGCAGUGGAAGGGAACGAGCGCGACAGGCGAGAACACCAAGAACUUUAUCGGAGGCGAGUUCGUGGAGAGCCAAACACAGUCAUGGAUUGAUGCCGUCGAUCCUGCGACACAGACGCUGUUGACACGCGUGCCAGAGACUACGAGUGCAGAGUUUGAGCAGGCCGUAGCCGCAGCGUCAGAGGCGUACAAGACAUGGAGUCGCUCAAGUGUCCUUACGCGUCAGCGGUUUGUGAUGGACCUGCAGCAGGUGCUGCGUGACAAUGCGGACGCGAUUGCCAACAGCAUUGUCCUAGAGCAGGGCAAGACUCUUGGAGAUGCGCGCGGCGACCUUCUCAGAGGCCUGCAAGUCGUAGAGACGACGACUAAUGUCCCGACCGCACUGCUUGGCGAUACGCUUGAAGUCAGCAAAGAUAUGGAUACAUCAACGCGACGACUGCCGUUGGGUGUAUGUGCAAGCAUCGCGCCGUUCAACUUCCCAGCCAUGAUCCCACUGUGGACGAUACCCAUGGCCAUCUCGACCGGCAACACACUGAUCGUCAAGCCCUCGGAGCGCGAUCCCGGUGCAGCCAUGAUCAUUGCGGAGCUCUGUCAGCGUGCCGGCCUACCUCCGGGCGUCCUGAACGUUGUACACGGGACCGUGCCGACAGUCAAUGCUAUCUGCGACCACCCUUCUAUCAAAGCUGUCAGCUUCGUUGGCGGAGAUCGCGCGGGUAAGCAUAUUUAUGAGAGGGGCCGAAAGUCUGGGAAACGUGUACAGUGCAACAUGGGUGCUAAGAACCACGCAGUCAUCAUGCCAGAUGGUGUGCAGCUCGGCCCGCUCCCACGAAGACUAGCGACUGAUUUCCAUCUUACAGCGAACAAGAAUCAUGCACUAAACUCAAUAAUUGGGGCGGCAUUAGGCGCUGUGCUGGUUGGCCACGCGCAGGGAUGGCUGCCCGAGUUGUGCGAACGUGCGAAGAAGCUGAAGGUCGGUCAGGGCUUCGAGAAGGACGUUGACCUUGGUCCGGUCAUCUCUCCUGCCGCGAAACAGCGCAUCACAGGUCUCAUCGCAUCGGCAGAGGAGCAGGGCGGGGUCGUUGUUCUUGACGGGCGCGGCCUGGAAGUCUCUGGAUACCCUGAUGGCAAUUGGAUCGGCCCCACUGUCAUCGAGGCCACCGUUGACAUGAGAUGCUAUCGCGAGGAGAUCUUCGGUCCUGUGUUGAUCGUGUUGAAGGCUGAUACCCUCGACGAUGCGCUCGCCAUCAUUAAUGCGAACCCAUACGGCAACGGCACGGCGAUCUUCACACAGAGCGGGGCGACUGCGCGGAAGUUUGAGCGUGAAGUGGAGGUCGGGCAGGUUGGCAUCAACGUGCCGAUCCCAGUCCCACUGCCGAUGUUCUCGUGGAGCGGAAACAAGGCCAGCUUCCUUGGUGAUAUCCCAUUCUACGGCAGAGGUGGUAUAGACUUUUACACGCAGAACAAGACCACCACAGCUCUCUGGAAAGCAGAGGACGCUAUCGGAAACAAAGCUUCCGUCGACAUGCCGACACACUCCUGA